AAAGGAAAAAGAAAAUCAAUAACCUCACCAAAUUACCCAACGUAAAAUCGAAUGCAUCUCGGUGCCCAAAGAAGAACAGAGCGUAAGUGAAGAAGACUGGUUAAUUGAGGGAGAGAGGAAGGAAGAGACUAAGCAAGGGUUAAUACAAAGCAGCUACUCAGCUGUGAUGGUUAUCUGAUUGUUGGUUCUGCUGUUCUAGGCAUGAGUACUACUGUACUUGGUUCUGCUAACGAAAAAUGAUGUUGAGGUCAUUCCUUCUGAAGGGUGCUCUGAAACAGACUAGUCAUCAUCACCCACGAUUCAAUCCAUGGAAGAGGGAAAUGCAUAGUAGAAAUAAGAAGGCAAUGGAGCUCAUAGCCAAAGGUUGGAGUGCUUUGAAGGAAGUUGACAGAGUCAUUGAUUAUGCAGAACUCAAGGAUAAACGCCUCAUCCCUCUACUAAGGGCAGCAAAGGAGAACUUUGAGUUGGCUUUGGAGGCAGAUAACACAAACACCCAUGCUAGAUAUUGGUUGUCCCGGUUGCAUAUGAAAUACCAUGUCCCAGGGGCAAGCAAAGCCAUAGGGGCUGCUUUGUUAGUGGAAGCUGCAGAUAUGGGUGAUCCGGAAGCGCAAUAUGAACUUGGUUGCAGGCUGCGAGUUGAGAAUGACUAUGUUCAAUCAGACCAGCAAGCUUUUUAUUAUUUGGAGAAUGCUGUUGAUCAGUUGCAUCCAGGUGCUCUUUACCUUUUAGGUGCUGUAUAUUUGACGGGUGACUGUGUAAAGAAAGAUGUUGCAUCAGCAUUAUGGUGUUUUCACAGAGCAUCAGAGAAGGGACAUGCUGGUGCAGCUGUAGCAUAUGGGUCCCUUCUUCUACAAGGUGUUCAGGUUCCAGAAGCCCUGACUAAACUCGGUGCAAAGAGAAGUUCCUCCACCCGAAAAUCAGGGAAGAAUGCAGCAAACGCUUCUCAAAAUCCAGAGGAGAUGGCGAGAGAACAAUUUGAAAUUGCUGCAAGAGCAGGAUGCGAUCUAGGAUUUAAGUGGUUGCGAAGACUUGAAGAGGAGGAGAAACAUUUACUGGCUGGAUAACAGGGUUUGCUGAAACUGCUUAUAAAUUGUAUGUUGUUCACAUAGCGUUUAGGGUCCGUUUGAUUAGCAAGAGAAUGAUGGACGGUGCAAAAAAUAUAUAAUCUCCUAUACACUUCACAUUCGUAUGUAAGUUCUAACUUCUCAUUAUACUUCCAGCAAAAAGCACAAGUCUUUCAAUUUCCCGCGAAAGUGGUUUUUGGAAAUUAGAAUUUCAAAUUCAUCUCU